GCAGCUGAGUGGAGAGGAGGUGUUUCCCUCUGUCUAAACUUGCAACCAAGGGGUUAAAGUCUGUUCCAUAAACUCUCCCGUGCUUCAAGAAUCUCCGUGUGCAGGCUUUAAAUACUGAUUUGACCAAUCACAUUUUACACACAGCCUGCCACUGAGAAAACAACUUACUACUACUACUACUACUAGCCCAUAGCUUGCACUGCCUCCUCACACUUUACCACAGCUUCCAGCUAGGUAGCACACCACAGCACAGACACGAUGGGAACUGUGAGAAUGUUACUCUUCUCCGUUAUACUGUCACCGUGGGUGAUCUCCUUGACUGGGAAACACUUUAACCAGGAUUCAACGCUCUGACUGAAACAACAGGAUGUAUUGUUCGAUAGAGAAGUUUAUCUGGAAGCAAGGAGGUCUAAGGCCCCAGAGUCGGCAACACCGCAAAGCCAGGGGCACCAUCAAGCAAACGGCCCCAUGAAGACCAAGGAGCUCUCCAAACAGAGAGAGGCAGCAGUGUUGUGGCUGGGAGAGGACUAUGACUCCAGCAUGGUCUUCCUGCCUGCUGAUGAACCAGACGAUGCCCCAGCCUCAGAGCUGCCCACAUGCCUGCUGUGUGUGUGACCGGCUCUGUACUGUGAGGAAGUUGUUCCUGAGAUGACUGCUGUGCCCACCCUGCCCAAGGAGACUGCCUACCUCUACGCCCGCUAUAACAAGAUCAACAAGAUCACCAAUAAAGACUUUGCAGAAAUCGUGACUCUGAAGAGGAUCGACCUGACGGGAAACCUGAUCUCUGAGAUCCAGGACGGAGCGUUCUCCAAGCUCACCUUAUUGGAGGAACUCAAUUUGGCUGAGAACCAUCUGGUCAAGCUGCCCAUGCUGCCCGGCAAGCUCACAACCUUCAACGCCAACCACAAUCAGCUCAAAACCAAAGGGGUCAAGGCCAACGCCUUCAAGAAACUGAGGCAGCUGGUUAACCUCUUCCUCGGAGACAAUGUGCUGGAGGCCGUGCCAGUGAUCCCUGAGAGCGUCCGCAUUAUUCACCUACAGAACAACAACAUCACUGAUGUCACCUCCGACACGUUCUGUAAUGGCAACAACACGUACUACAUCAGACCCAACCUGAUAGAGGUGAGGUUGGAUGGGAACCCAGUGCUGCUGUCCAAGUCCCCCGACAGCUUCACCUGCCUCAAGUCUCUCCCCGUCGGAAAGUACCGCUAAACAGAAGAUUUCGAUAACUUUUCCAAAAUUCCCAGGUUUUCCAGAAAUCCUAGUUUCUUGAAUGAGUAGGGAAUAAACAGGGAAUCCGGAAUACUCCAAACAGGAUUUCUGUAUAACUAGGGGGAUUUAG